AUGGCAGACGGUCAGCCAACCAGUCAGCAGUCCUUCAUGUGCUCCGUCUGUCUGGACCUGCUGAGGGAUCCCGUCACCGUCCCCUGCGGUCACAGCUACUGCAUGGGCUGCAUCGAGAACCACUGGCGCCACCAGAGAGCCGUCGGAGUCUACAGCUGCCCACAGUGCCGGCAGAGCUUCCCGUCAAAGCCCGAGCUCAGGAAAAACGUCCUCCUGGCCGAAGUGCUGGAGAACCUCAGCCCCACGGAUGUCAAAGCGGCCCCUCUUCCUGACGGUUGUUACGCUGGCCCUGGAGAUGUGGAGUGUGACGUCUGCAUCGGGAGGAGACGCAAGGCUGUGAAGUCCUGUCUGGAGUGCCUGGUGUCCUACUGCGAGAGCCACACCGGGCGCCAUGACGAACUCUUCUCAGGGAAGAGGCACGCGUUGGUCAACGCCUCGGCGUCUCUGAAGAAGAGGAUCUGCCCUCGCCACCACAGGCUGACGGAGGUGUUCUGCCGGACGGACCAGGAGGGGCUCUGCUACCAGUGCAUGCUGGAAGGACACAAGAACCACGACACGGUCUCAGCAGCAGAGGAGAGACAGAAACAAGAGCAGCAAUUGCGCCUAAAAAUCAAGCAAGGAAUCCAGGUGAGAAUGGAGAAGUUGCCAGAAGUGAAGACGUCUUUGAAGACUCUCAAGAGUUCUGCACAGACAGCAGUGGAGGAGAGUGAGAAGAUCUUUACUGAGAUGAUCCGCUCCAUUGAGAGAAGGCGCUCUGAGGUGAAAGAGCUGAUCAGAGCUCAGGAGAAGGCUGAGGGGAGUCGUGCUGAAGGACUCCUGAAGAGACUGGAGCAGGAGAUUGCUGACCUGAGGAGGAGCAAUGCUGAACUGGAGCAGCUCUCACACACUGACGAUCACGUCUUCUUCCUCAAGAUACUGUUGUUUAAAACUGCAAUAUUUCCUGCUUGUCUUUCCAUAGUGAAUCCGGCGGUUCUUUUGCCAGAAGCAAAGACGAGGGCAGAGCUUUUGCGCUAUGUCUCUAAGUUGACCCUGGAUCCCAACACAGAAUUCAGGCACCUUAGACUAUCUGAGAAGAGCAAGAUGGUGUCACUGCACAUCCGAGCCCAGUCAUAUCCUAAUCAUCCUGACAGAUUUGACAGCUGGUCUCAGGUGCUGUGUAGAGAGGGUGUGUCUGGACGCUGCUACUGGGAGGUGGAGUGGAGUGGGCGUGUUGGUAUAGCGGUCUCAUAUAAAAGCAUCAGCAGGAAAGGAGGGGGUAAUGAGUGUGGCUUUGGAUACAAUGAUCAGUCUUGGUGUUUGGAUGUGUUUAAGUUGCAUUGCAUAUUUCGGCACAGUAACGAGGAGGUUCAUCUGCCUGUGGUACAUCAGCCCAGAAUAGGAGUGUAUGUGGACCACAGCGCAGGAACUCUGGCCUUCUACAGCAUCUCUGACACAAUGACCCUCCUGCACAGCAUCCAGACCACAUUCACUCACACACUCUACCCUGGGUUUUGGUGUCGAUUUCAAGUAUUAGACAGACAUGGAUCAACAGUGAAGAUUCUCUGAGAUAAUCUGGACCUAUAUUCUUAA